AUGUGGUGCCGCCUUGCAGGUCCGUUCGAGUACCUCGCCAUAAUAGGAGGAUGGAUCCUCGCCAUAACAGGAGGAUGGAUCAAGGACGUCAAGGUUGUGAAGGUGGCGGAGUUAUCGCCGUUCCAGAAGUGCGUCAAGUUCGACGUUUCCCCAGUGGACUACACGUUCGAGUCUCUCCCCUUCUUCCGCCCCGCCGUCUUCACCAUCGGCCCCCAAGUCACCAACCACCAGAGCCUCGUCCGCUAUGCCAAUUUCUUUGCCUUCCGAGUUGAGCGCUCGGUCCACAUCAACGACCUCGUCAAGGGUAUCAUCGAGGGCCAGACCCACAUCUUGGACGCCUCCGUGACCUUCCAGCAUAUCUUGGAGGGGGUCUCGGUCGAGCAUAUCUUGGAGGAGGUCUUUGGGAAGUUCUUCUCGAAACUCCAGUUGGAGCUCAACCAGUUUGGGCUCGUGAUCUUCAAGGCUCACCUGGAAUAUGCAGGCAAGACCAAGAUGAAGGGUAAAGUCGGUGCUGGACAGACCAAACACAAUGCUGUGAAAAUCAAUUUUGAGACUAAUGGCAAGAUGAACGUUAAAGUCGGUGUUGGACAGACUAAACACGAUGCUGUGAAAACCGAUUUUGAGACCAAGGCCAAGAUGAUGGUUAAAGUCGGUGUUGGACAGACCAAACACAAUGCUGUGAAAACCGAUUUAGUAAACAAGAUCAUGGCGACCGGAAUCCGUAAGGUGGAGAUAAAGGAGACGACUACGAGGGUGGUGAAGAUCUUUAGGUGA